AUGACGCUGCGGCAGUCACUCGUGUCAGGGCUUGGGCUGCUGGCUUCACUGAGCAGUGGCGCAGUGCUUCCCAGAGGAGGGGGUGCGGAGCUGGCUGGCUAUCCCAAUCCUAACGAUCAGCAGUUGUUCAACAUCGAGAAAGCGGCUGGGGGCCUGCUUCCCAACGGGAAAAUCACGAAGCUCAGUGCUGCUGCUAUCGCCAAUCUCCAAGUUAUUGCCAUCAACGAGCAAUUCGAAGUCGCUUACUUCACUUCCCUCAUCAACAACAUCACUAGUGGUCAGCAUGGAUACAGCCCACAGAGCCUGUCAUCGCCUAUGAGCACGGGCAGGAUGCUCGAAACGCUCAAUGCUAUCUUGGCUCAAGAAGCGCUCCACGAUCUUGGCGCCGUCUCGUUCCUCAAAGCCUUUAAAUCAUCCUUCGUUCCCGAGCCAUGCACCUACGCUUUCCCCACCACCAACAUUCAGGAGUCAAUUUCUCUUAUUUCCACCGUCACUUCACUGGUUCUGGGCACCCUACAAGACGUGACACAAGCCCUUGCACAAAAUGGCGACGACGGACUUGCCCGUAUCAUCGCUUCCAUCAUCGGACAGGAAGGCGAGCAGAACGGGUUCUUCCGCCUUGUGACAGACGUGCUUCCGGCCGAGAAGCCGUUCCUCACCACCAGCAUCGGCGCAUAUGCAUGGUCAGCCCUGCAGAGUUUCCUCGUCAAGUGCCCCUUUGACCUCAACGUAAUCCCGCUACCAAUCUUCCCGCCUCUCAACGUACACACCAAGGUCAAGCAGCAGGACAUGACAGUUACCUACAGUGCUGACCUUCACAAGUACGGCGAGUCUUUUGUCAAAAGUCUCCACAAGGAUAAGCUGUGGAUCACAUACCUCGGGGGCCAGCAGGUGCCGAUAUCAGUGCCCGUCAGCAGCUUCGAACUCAAGGGCACGACGGUCGAGGUCUGCGCGGAGUUUCCCUGGUCCAAGAACAUCCUUGACGGCUUCAUCAUUGCCGCGCUCACCAACAGCUCCAACUUCGCUGGGCCAGAUGACCUCCCUGCGGGAACUCUUGCCGCACCUGGUCUGAUCGAGGUUGAGCACAGCGACUACUGGUAG